CCUGCCUCACUCCAUCGCAGUUGCUGGCUGUGCCGUUCCUUUACGCAGAGAGCAUUACGCAUCACUGGACUAUAGAGCGACGACCCCCGAACAACACCGCACGCUUUCGUCCCGAAACUCUUUUCGGAAACCCUUAACACGCAUCCCUCCAGGACUGUUUUUGGACCUAAAAGCAUCCCGCGUUUUCCGAGAAGUCUGGACAACUACUCUUCUUCCUCCUUCCUCCCCCCCUUUUUUAACCCUUGGAUCUAUAGCUCUCCGAACAGCGCGCGCUCCUGUGCUUUAAAAUGCAAGUCGGACGCAAAUCGUGUUGGAGGCAAUUGCAGGCUUCUUUUUUCAGACUGCUGUGUCUUAUUCCCACAGGAUUUCCCGUCCGGAGUGUGGAUAUGCAGAGGGCCACCGACAACAUCACCAUCCGUCAGGGCGAUACAGCGAUCAUAAGGUGUUAUGUGGACGACAAAGUGUCCAAGGUGGCUUGGCUCAAUCGAUCCAACAUCAUCUUUGCUGGCCAGGACAAGUGGUCCCUGGACCCCAGAGUAGAUCUGGUCACUAAAGGACAGCUGGAGUACAGCCUGCGCAUACAAAAGGUGGAUGUGUAUGACGAGGGGUCGUAUACCUGCUCCAUACAGACAAAGCAGCAGCCCAAGACCUCACAGGUCUACCUCAUUGUACAAGUUCCAGCCAACAUCUACAAGGUGUCAGAAGACAUCACAGUGAAUGAGGGCAGUAACGUGACACUCAGUUGUUUGGCCAGUGGCAGGCCGGACCCUGCAAUCACCUGGCGGCUGCUCAACCCCUCAGCAGAACCGCUGGAUGGAGAAGAGUACCUGGACAUUAUAGGUAUCAUGCGAAACCAAGCAGGUCGCUAUGAAUGCAAGGCCAGCAAUGACGUUGCCACGCCCGAUGUCAAAUAUGUCAACGUGGUUGUCAGCUACCCCCCAACAAUAAAGAGGACCCAGAGCUCAGAGACUCAAGUGGGCCGCAUCGGGGCACUGCAGUGUGACGCCACCGCUGUGCCCACACCAGAGUUUGAAUGGUACAGAGACGAGAAAAGGCUGUCCAAUACCCAGGGCAUCAAUAUCCAGAUUCUUGGCACUACCACUAUUCUCAUGAUUAGCAACGUCACCGAAGAGGAUUAUGGGAACUAUACCUGUGUGGCCUCAAACCGACUGGGUGUCCAGAAUGCCAGUCUUUUCCUCUAUAGACCUGGGACAGGUCGAGAUAUCAACGGCUCAGUCUGUGUAUCUCAAUCACUGUGGCUCCUAAUGGCCUGUUUCGCCUGCCUUUUCUUCAAGUGUUAAUACCACUGCCCUCCUCUUCCUCUUCUUCCCCCUUCCUGGCCUUCUUUCCCUCCCCCUCAUCCUCCUUCUCUCCAACUCACCGACAUCCUUAUUGCUACCUUAACUUUACCGCCCCCUCCCCCAGACUGUUUGCAUCAUGAUACGAAAACCUUAUGUGCUUUCGAGCACUGCUUACAGAUAUUACGAUGGGUUAUGAGUAAAAUGUUAUAAGAACCAUGAAAAAAAGUGAAAUGAAGGACAGAACAAGCAAACAGUGCUCUUUUGAAGAAUUGUUCUUUUUAAUUCGUAUGCACUUCUUUGUUUUCUGCUAUAUCUUGUCUUUGGGGUCUGGAUCGGGGUGUGUUGUAUUUUUUGUCUUCAUGGGAAAGCAGAGGCACCCACUUACAGGGAUGCCUACAAUCAUUUGUCUCUAGAAGUACUGAAGACAUAAGGUGUAUCUCUUCUUUCUCCCAUAUAUGCAUUAUGUUAACUGAAAUUGUAGAUUUAACCGAGUGUUUAACCAGUGCAUUAAAGAGCAACAUGCAAAGUCUUUGCCAAAUAUCCAUAUAGAUUUGACACUAACAAAUACAGAAAACAAAGGGAAAAUAUUGCAGCUGAUUGUGUCAUGAGAUUAAAGGUUGAUAUUAAAGUCUACCAUAAUCUGAUGCUACUAAACUGAAACACAGAGCAUUAGACAGAUCCAAUCAAUGACAUUGUCUCUAGAUGAGCCCAGAAACCAAGGAAGCAGUGAAUAGAAUUGACAUGGCCCCACUGAGCUGAACCAUGUGGAGUACAAACUUGAGGAAAUUAAUUUAUCUGGUUCAUCUGGAUAACCUUCAUUCCGUGGCUUUGCAACCACUCGCCUUUAUUCCAAAACAAUUCCUCUUUUCUUUUGCAGCAGGAAAAAAAACACACAGUAGGUUGUAAUGAUGCGUACUGUACAUAGUAAAAAAUUUUGUAUUUCUCUAUGAUAAGGCAACUUGCUUUUGCCACUGUAACAACAGAAAACAGAGAAAACUGUUGCAGUGUAUGUUGCUUGUUUGAUGACCAACCAACCAUACUGUGCAGUUUGCCUCUGCUCCACAGCGGGCUCAUUAAGCUGCAUAUACUGUACCACCUACAGCUUUUAGGUUAUGAGUUUUAGGAUCAUUCUUCUAUACUGCUGGAAUUUGGAUAAAAAAUGUAU